AUGAACAAAGAAGAAGAAAACAAUUUACCAACAGACAAGAAAUUAAGUAACACAAAGAUGUUAACUGAAAACAAUCAUGUUGAAAAAGUACCUGAAAAUUUGGUGUGUUUAAUUUGCUAUGAUGAUAUAGAUGAAAACACUUACAUUGAAUAUCAGACCCAUGAAUUUGGUGAAUGGCACCCAAGUAUGUUUUGCAUGAAUUGUACAGGUAUUUUAAUAGAAACGCAAUAUCAUAAAUAUAUUAAUAAUGUACAAAAAUCAGAAUGUUUAAGAGAACAAAAAAAUUUAUUAGAAAUGGGUCCACCAAUAAAUAUAAAAGAUAAAAAUGGUUUUCCAUUAUCUGAUGGUAAAGAAAUUUAUAGCCUUUGGUAUUUCUGUGAUAAAAAGGUUCAUUCUGCAAAAUUGGACGGUAGUUUAGUUGGAGAAGAAAGAAUGAAGAUGUGGGAUGAAUUAAAAAAAUUUCUUAUAACAGAGGAAAAAGCGGAUUAA